CCGACUAAGACUCAUCCAAGUCGAAAUUGCAGCCGAAAGUGAAGGUAUUGCAGCAGUAGCCAAUUGGACGGUUUAUUACAUAAAUUCGCGUUUUUCGGCUGAAAAAAUAAAAGCCUCUUUAUGUCAUUGCAGUUGUUAAAAGCGCUACCCCACCUGCGCAGCGCCACCACAGCCGUGAGAACUCAGAUUGCAAGAACAACGUGGAGCGAGCACAUUGCCACGAAAGUGUUUUUUAGCACCACUACCACAAAACCUACUCCCUCCGCACCACCACCACCUCCACCAACGCAACCGCAGCAGCCAGCUGCAACCACAAGUUGGGGCACCAAGAAGCAAAAUAGAAAGGUAAAACUAAGAUCCGCCGCUGCCGAGUUCAUCAUGUCGAAUCCCGAGAUUGAGGCUCAACUUGCCCCAUUGAGGGAACGAGUUCAGGAGCAGGGUAACCUGGUGAGGGAUCUCAAGGCGAAGGGUGCCCCCGAGAUCGAUGUGAAAAAGGCAGUAGCCGAGCUGAAGGCACGCAAGAAGCUGCUGGAGGACAAAGAGCUCGCCCUGACCCCCAGUGUCGUUAGUUUCGAUCGCGCGAAGAUGGAGGAUCUACUCAAGCGUCGCUUCUUCUACGACCAGAGUUUCGCAAUUUAUGGCGGCAUCACCGGCCAGUACGAUUUUGGACCCAUGGGCUGUGCCCUCAAGUCCAACAUUCUGGCCCUAUGGCGUCAGUAUUUCGCCCUCGAAGAGCAAAUGCUGGAGGUGGACUGCUCUAUUCUGACUCCCGAACCUGUGCUCAAAGCCUCUGGUCAUGUGGAGCGUUUCGCUGAUCUGAUGGUCAAGGAUGUCAAGACCGGCGAGUGCUUCCGCCUGGAUCAUCUCAUUAAGCAGGCUUUGGAAAAGCUAUCUAAGGCCAAGGAUGCAACUCCCGCCCUGCAGGCCGAGUGUGAGGAUAUUAUCAUUAAACUGGAUGGCCUGAACAAACAGGAAUUGGCUGGUGUCCUGGCCAAAUACAACAUCAAAUCUCCAUUAACCGGCAAUGAUUUAACAGAACCGAUUGAGUUCAACCUGAUGUUUGCCACCCAAAUUGGACCCACUGGCUUGGUCAAGGGAUUCCUGCGGCCCGAAACUGCCCAGGGUAUCUUCGUCAACUUCAAGCGACUGCUGGAAUUCAAUCAAGGCAAGCUUCCCUUCGCUGUGGCUCAAAUUGGCAACUCCUUCCGCAAUGAAAUCUCACCCCGAUCGGGAUUGAUCCGUGUGCGAGAGUUCACCAUGGCAGAGAUUGAACAUUUCUGUGAUCCCGUGCUCAAGGACCAUCCCAAAUUUGGCAACAUCAAAUCGGAAAAGUUGACCCUUUACUCGGCGUGCAACCAGAUGGAUGGAAAGUCUGCCGCUCAGGUGCAAAUCGGCGAAGCAGUGGCAUCCAAACUGGUGGCUAAUGAGACACUUGGUUACUAUAUGGCCCGCAUUCAGCAGUUCCUGUUGGCCAUUGGUAUCAAACCGGAGUGCUUGCGAUUCCGGCAGCACAUGUCCAAUGAGAUGGCUCACUAUGCAUGCGAUUGCUGGGAUGCCGAAAUUCUUACCUCCUACGGAUGGGUGGAGUGCGUAGGAUGUGCGGAUCGCAGUGCCUACGAUUUGGGACAGCAUACGGCCGCCACAGGUGUGCGUUUGGUGGCCGAGAAGCGUCUGCCGGCUCCCAAAACGGUCGAGGUCAGCGAGAUUGUGCCAAACAAGCAGGCUCUCGGAAAGACCUUCAAGAAGGAGGCAAAGAACAUCACGGAUGCGUUGGCUAAGCUUUCGCUGGAGGAGAUAACCAAGGUAGAGGAACAGCUGGCUGGCGAUGGUCAAUACAAACUGACCACGGCCGAUGGCCAAAGCCACGAUCUCGGAAAGGACACCAUCAGCGUUAAGCACUCUACGAAAACGGUCCAUGUGGAGGAGUUCAUCCCGAGUGUGGUUGAGCCUUCAUUCGGCAUUGGUCGCAUCAUGUACUCCCUGUUGGAGCACAGUUUCCAAUGCCGCGACGGCGACGAGCAGCGGUGCUACUUUACGCUACCGCCUCUGGUGGCGCCCAUCAAGUGCUCCAUCCUUCCGCUGUCCAACAACACCGACUUUCAACCUUAUACUCAGAAACUGUCUUCUGCCCUGACCAAGGCGGAACUUUCGCACAAGGUGGACGACUCCAGUGGAUCCAUUGGCAGGCGGUAUGCCCGCACGGAUGAGAUUGCCAUACCCUAUGGCAUCACCGUGGACUUCGACACUCUAAAGGAACCGCAUACGGUGACUCUGCGAGAUCGGAAUACUAUGAAACAGGUGCGCGUCGGUCUGGAGGAGGUUGUGGGCGUCGUCAAGGACUUGUCGACGGCGAGAACCACCUGGGAGAGUGUCACCGAACAGUAUCCUCUGUUCGAACAGCAGGAGGCCAGCAAGUAACUGGUUGAUCAAGGAGUUUCUUUCGCUUGGCACGCAUUUACAGAGUUUCAAAGUUUUCUUAUUUUUGUAUAAAUAAAAUUCAAUAAUUCAAUAAUUUCUUAUAAAAUUCAAUAAAUAUGCAACAUUU